AUGUCUGAAAAGCCCAAAGCGAGCGAGCUGAUCGAUAACGCGGCGAAUGUUGUCGACGAGGACGAUUUUCGCGCGUGGGAUCGUCGAUGCGAGGAGUGUUUGGAAUCGUUGAGGCAUGAAUGUCGCAGGUGUCCGAAUACUACCGGAACGAUCACUUCCCUUGUCGCUUGGAUAGUGCUGUUAGAGGGAACGAGGACCGAACUGCGAGGUCGCGUAGUUCGCGCGGGUGCCGGUCACGAUGGAUUCAGAUGGGUGGAGAUGGAGACUGCGUUUCAGAGACGGAUAUUAACCGGUGCGGUAAUCAAUUUUCGUUACAUCGAGCCUAGAGAAUUUCUCGAGAACGUCGGAGAAACGGUGAUGGAGAAGGUACGCGAGAAUUUGGAAAGACACAACUGUGUGAAAGUCAACACGGUGUUUAAUGGGAAAUUCGUUGCGUUAGAAAAGACCGCUGUAAAGAGCAUCGUCACGAAAAAUCGACAGCUGUUUCGCACCGCAGAUCUGUACGAAUGGUACGACACGGUGAUGGAGACGACAUUGGCGAAAUUGGAGGAGUUUCAAGAGCGCGACAGCGGGUGGGCGCUGUCGCGCAUACUGAAUAUAAUGAUCAACGUAAAUAUGUGUAAUCCUAUGCGCGCGGGCUGUUGGAUCGAUAUGCCGCCACAGGUAAAAAAGAAGAAAGCGAUCGUGAACGUACGAUCGACGGAUAACGCAUGUUUCGCGCGGGCGGUGGUUGCGGCUUUGUAUCCUACCAUGACGAAUGCCACGAGACGGAAUCGGUAUCCCGAUUAUCAAACGGUGCUGAAGCUCGAUGGAAUAAACUUUCCUAUGAAUCUGCGACAAAUCAGAAAAUUCGAACGGCUGAACGAGAUAUCUGUCAACGUGUUUACCACGAGGGAGGACAAACCGGAUGGAAAGAUCGUUCCGCUGUAUCUCACCGAACGCAAAAGAGAUGUUCACGUAAAUCUGUUCUAUCUGUCGGAUCCGCGAUACGGCCUCCAGGUGGGCCAUUUCGCGUGGAUAAGGAAUCUUUCGCGAUUGGUCGGGUCUCAGUUUAUCAAACGAAGAAACAAGAAGUACAUUUGUGAGCGAUGUCUGCAUUAUUUCCAUUCGAUGGAAAGAUUGUCCAAGCACAAUGUGGAUUGCGAAAGGAUGAAUGACUGCGCGAUCAUUCUUCCGAACGAGGACAACAGGUGGCUCAGCUUUCGUCAUUACGAGCGAAAAGAGAGACUUCCGUAUGUGGUAUACGCCGAUCUGGACUGCGUCUUGGAGAAGGAGCGAGAGGAGAGUGAGUGUGUAUCGCGAAGCACAUUUACCUAUCAACGUCAUACAGUGUUCAGCGUUGGCUAUUACGUGCGAUGUGUGCAAGACGAGAAUGCGACGACGACGACGUACAAAUCGUAUCGCGGUGAGGAUUGCAUGGCGUGGUUCGUGCGGGAAUUGAACGCCCUUGCGCAUCGCGCGAAGCAGAUUCUGGACGCGGUCGUGACUAUGCAGUCGCUUACGUCAGAUGAGAUGCGUAGCUUUUGGAACGCGACUCGUUGCCACAUAUGCGGAAAGCCAUUCGAGCCGAAUGAUCGGCGCGUUCGCGAUCACUGUCACAUACCCGUUACAGGGUACGAAUAUAGUACCUCAUACGCGUAUCAAACGAUCGGUGUAAACAAGGCCAUUAUCGAAGAGAUCGCCAACGGUUUCGAGGGUAAAGUGGAAUUGUUACCGUUGACCAAAGAAACGUACAUCUCGUUUACGAAAGUCGUUCGGAAGACGUCGUCGGGAAAGGGACGCAAUUGCGUGAAGCUGCGAUUUGUAGACUCGUGUAAGUUUUUAAGCGCAAGCCUCGCGAAAUUGGUGUCGUAUCUGGACAAGAACGAACUGCGAAUAACGCGGUCAGCGUUCUCGAGUCUCGACGACGACGAUUUCGAAGUGCUCACGCGCAAGGGUGUGUUCCCGUACGAGUAUGUCGAUAGCGUCGAUCGGUUACGCGAGACAGAGUUACCGCCCCGCGAGGCCUUUUAUAGUUCGUUGACUGGCGACAGCGUCAGCGUUACCGACUACGAGCACGCGGUCACUGUGUGGCAACGUUUCCGCAUCGGUAAUCUCGGCGAGUAUAGUGAUUUAUAUUUGAAAACGGACGUUCUAUUGUUGGCGGAUGUGUUUGAGAAUUUUCGUGACAACUGCAUGCGGAGUUACGACUUGGAUCCCGCUCAUUAUUACACGUUACCGGGGUACACGUGGGACGCGAUGCUAAAAUACACAGGUGUGCGAUUCGAACUGCUGACCGACGUCGAUAUGCUCCUCUUUGUGGAACGCGGUGUACGCGGUGGUCUGAGUCAGUGCUCCCACAGAUACGCGCAAGCUAACAAUAAGUAUCUUGCGUCAUACGAUCCGUUACAAGAGUCGACGUAUCUCAUGUACUACGAUGUAAAUAAUCUGUACGGAUGGGCUAUGUGUGAAGCAUUGCCGUACGCGCAGUUUCAAUGGGUCGAUGAUGUCAACGCGGAAAGUCUAGACGUUGAUCUUGCGUAUCCGCGCGAACUUCACGACGCCCACGCGGAUCUUCCGUUCUGCCCGGUGCGCGCCCCACCUCCCGGCAAGGUCACCGAGAAGCUUUUAGCGACGCUUCACGAUAAGUCGCGCUACGUCAUACACUAUCGUAAUUUGCAGCAAUGUGUACGUCAUGGGUUGCGUAUACUUAAGAUUCAUCGCGUUUUACAAUUCGCGCAAUCGCCGUGGCUGCGUGGAUAUAUCGAAUUGAAUACGAUGUUUAGAGUCCGUGCGAAUAACGAAUUCGAGAGAACUAUGUACAAGCUUAUGAACAACGCGGUGUACGGGAAGACCAUGGAAAACGUGCGCGAGCACGUUGACGUGCGUCUUGUGACGCGUUGGGAUGGAAGGUAUGGAGCGGAAGCGCUAAUUGCUAGGCCGAAUUUUCACAGUAGAAGCGUUUUCUCUGAAGAUCUGAUGGCCGUCGAGUUACGGAAACUCGAGGUGAUGCUCAACAAACCGAUAUACGUUGGCAUGUUCAUCUUGGAGAUAGCGAAAACGCGAUUGUACGAGUUUCAUUACGAAUACAUGGUACCGUUAUAUCGCGGUCUUUGUAACAUAAUGUACACGGACACGGACAGUCUGAUCUAUUUUGUCGCAUGCGACGACAUUUACGAGGAUAUGAAAUGCUUCAUCGAAAGAUUCGACACGAGCGACUACGCCAAGAACAACGCGUACGAUAUGCCGCGCGCGAACAGGAGCGUUCCGGGUCUGAUGAAGGAUGAGAAUCGUGGCGCGAUUAUGGUAGAAUUCGUAGGGUUGAGAGCGAAGAUGUAUGCCGCGAGGGUGCUCGGACAGAGCGAUACGAAAAAGGUGAAGGGUGUAAAGAGAAACGUAGUCGAGAGAACGAUAACGUUCGACGAUUUCACGCGAACGUUGCGCGAUAUGACGGAGCAAUCGAGAUCGCAAUUCUGUGUGCGUUCGCGACUGCACGAGGUGUAUACCGUGUCCGAAACGAAACUCGCUCUCAGUCCUUACGACGACAAGCGAUACGUCGUGCCCGAAUCGUGCAACACGUUGCCGUGGGGACAUUACGGGGUGCCGCAACAAGAAGAAUACUACAUGUAA